AUGUUCCGUUUGUCUCUUCGAACAGCAGCAGCUGCCAUACGACAGAAGAGAGAGAGAGAAAGAAGUUGGGAAGAAGCAGAACUAGGGAAAGAGCCAUGCAAGAAACAGAAAAUUAGGUUGCACCACAGAUUCCUACGCAAGAAGAAGAAACAAGAGGUUGAGAAUAAAAAGUUGAAAAGAAGCAAGCAAGAUUGGAAAUAUUGUGUUGCGGCAGAGAUUCCUCUGGAUCUCCUGAUCGAGAUUCUGACAAGAUUGCCUCCGACAUCAGUAGUGAAACUCAAGUGUGUCUCAAAGUUUUGGUCAUCUCUCUUGUCCUCUAGAGAUUUUUCCAACCGUUUCCUCAUGCUCCCAUCUCAACCUCGUCUUUACAUGACUUUAUUGGACCGCCUCUUCUAUUCCAAGUCUUUGCUCUUAUCAUCAGCCGCUCCAAGCCCGUUUCCUUCUACCUUCGAAUUCGAUCAAGACCAGACCGUUCGUAGGAUGGGAGGCUUCGACCCACGCUUUCUCCAUGGCUUUAUUUGCUUCAUGUACUAUCUAAAUGCACGGAUCUAUAACCCUAGCACCAGGCAACUUUAUAUCAUACCUUUUAUAAAUAAAAAAUCUGAUAUCAUAGCUGAGUGCCGUGACGUUCAUAACGAUCCUUAUACCAUCCAGUACUAUAUGGGACACGACACUGUAAACGAUCAGUAUAAACUACUCUGCACAAUAUUGAUAGGUGAUAUAGGAAAGCUAAGGCAAGAGUAUUGGGUCUAUGUUCUAGAAGGUGGUGGUUCGUGGAAAAGGAAGAGCGUUACGAAUGAUGUCCAUCCUCAUAUUCCUAAUGUAUUAGCACUAUGUAUGAACGGAGCUAUAUAUUAUUGUGCGUGGACUGAUGAAUAUACAUGUGUGCUUGUGAGGUUUGAUGUCAGGUCUGAAGAAUUAGAUAUGUUGCAAGUACCUUGGGGGGACGGUGAGAAGGUAGCUAGACUUGACAAGACAGUGUCUCAAAUGGAUUAUGCCGGGAAAGUGGCUGUUUUAGACAUCACCAUUAUAAAAGAGACCGGUGUAAUGUAUCUAUGGGUUGUGGAAGAUUGGAGGAAGAAAGAAUGGUCGAGGAAGAAUUUGGUUUUGAAGCCUUGUCAAAUGCAUUUGGUUACUACCAAUCAAUUGAAAAUAAGAGGUACACAUCUAAAAGGUAGGAUUCUUUUGUUUCCGAUGGGAUUGGUCUCUCCCUUUUACAUCUUGUGCUAUGAUCUACAAACGAAUGAUUUAAAAAAGAUUGAGAUCAAAGAGAUACCGGAGUGCUGGUUUAGUAAGGAUGAAGAUAUAACAUAUUUUGAUGUGGAUUUCAUGCAUCCGAGUAAGAGCAUUAGAUACUUGGAAAAUGAGGUUAAGCUUUUCAGAUAA